GUCAAAUUAAUAGUUUCGUACCCCGGAAAUGUAAAAAAUAAAAACAAAGCAUCGUGCUUAGUGAAAAUUAAUUAAAAUAGCAUUAAAUCACAGUCAAAGAACAGUUAAUUAAAGAAAAGCUUGUAUCUUAAUCUGUAACCGAUCUAAAACUCGAGUUAAAUCGGUAAAAAUUGAAGUUUUUUUGUGUUAAUUUGACAUUUCUCCUACAAUUAAGGAUGUCUCAAGUUGAAGAACGUCCACAAGCAUCGAAAACGUCUCAAGAUAGACAAUCAGUUGAGAAUCUUCGAUUAUAUUCUUACAUGGAAGAUAAUUUUACAAGAAUUUUCAGCUUGUUGGCACCAAUUAUGUCAUUUUCUAUCCAAAAUGAGAAUCACAUCCGUCAAAUCAUGUUUAGUCUUCAACAUCCCGAUGCUCAACAAGCUAGUGCUGAAUUUGACAGCCGAGAAUACAUUCAUAACUUGGCUUUAAAAAGUCAUGAAAAAGUCGCUGGAUCUUCUAAUGUCCAAACAUCAGAAGAAUCUAUAGCUUCAACUAUAAGACGGAAAAUUGACACUUCAUUAUUUGACAAAGUUGAAAAUAAUCAUGACGAAUCGAAAGCUGAAACUUCAACGGAUGAUAUUAAGGAAAACUCAAGUCCAACUACUUCCAAAGGACAGCAAUCACCUGAAAGUGCUGACGAAAAGGCUAAACCGCGUAGAAAACGCAAGUUGAAUGAUGAUAAUCCCGUUGUUAUUCAUUGUUCUGACUGUAAUCAAGUGUUUAGAAAAGGCGAUGGGAAUUAUACUCGCCAUCUAAAGGAAAUGAAGUGCAGUCCUCACGGAUGUUCAGUUUGCGGAAAGCGAUUUAAGAAAAAGUCGUACCUAAGCAUUCAUAUGGCUAUCCAUACACGCACAACAUUCGAUGAACCAGAACUUAAAAGAAGUCGCAUUAAAGACGAAAACGAAGAAGAAUUGCCGACACCAGUUGAUUUGAGCGUUAAAAAGGAAAAUCAAGGCAACAAUUCCGAGUUCUUCAGUUCCUUGAAUCUUUUUGAAAAUAAUCGUUCAGAUGAAAAUUAAGUUCUGUUUUCUUUAAUUAUGUUAACUUCUCACUUUAUAAAUCUACUCUUUUUUCUGGAAAUUUAAAAACAUUUUAAGCUUAAUCUCAUUUUUGAACAAUUUACUACAAUUCGUGGAAUAAUAUAAAAAUCUCAAUAAAUUAUAUUGGAACAAAUGGAGACAGACAUACAGAC